CUCGCUCCGCCUGCUCGCCCCUUCCACCUCCCCAAACAACACCCCUCCCACCUCACCAAGCGCGCUGCUGCUGCUGCUGCUGCUGCUGCGGUGGUUUGGCUGCUUCCUCCUCCUCCACCUCUUCCCCCUCGUCGUCUUCUACCUUUGCCCGCGUCGGUUGCUUGCUGCGGUGUGGCUGAGCUGAGCGUACGGGCAGGCAGGGCUUGCUUGCUCGCUUGGGCACCCGGAGUGUCGCUGUCCGCCUCUGCCUUUCCUUUCCCACUCUCUGUUUUGUGUCCUUGCUCUCCUUUGGCCUUUUGCUUUCCCAACCUCUCCCUUCCCGGCCUCAAUAAUGACGGAGGCGCCGCGGCGGGUUCGUUCCUGAAGGCCUUCUCCCCCCGUCCCGUCUCGUCUCCGCCGGCGUGCCAGAAUCCAAAUCCACCUGCAGUUUUUUCCUCUCUUGUUCCCGGAGUAAUUUCGGUUCUUGGUUGUUUGGGGCGGCUCUAGCUUUCCCUUCUGUUGUGUUCAGGUGGUGUUGGUGUCGACCGCUCGGGGAAAGCUCCCUUUCUUCUUGCUCUUAAGCUUCUCAGAGUUGGCUCGGUUGUGCCCAGCUAGGCCUCGUUCUUGCUGGGGAUUGGGUCGAUUGGGAAGUUUUGUCCUUAGGGUUUGGUAGGAGGUGCUAGUUCACAAGCUGUUGUCAAGUUGCUCUGAAUUGGCGCGAAUUGGGAUGCUCUUGGACGCCAUGAUGAUGGAGGCCAGGAAGGGGAUGAUGGAGAGGGAAAGGGAGAGGGACCAGUUCCCCGUCGGCAUGCGGGUCCUCGCCGUCGACGACGACCCCGUCUGCCUCAAGGUUCUCGAGGUCCUCCUACGCCGCUGCCAGUACCAUGUAACAACCACCAACCAGGCUGCCACUGCACUGAGGCUGUUAAGGGAGAACAAGGACAUGUUUGACCUGGUCAUCAGCGACGUCCACAUGCCCGACAUGGACGGCUUCAAGCUCCUCGAGCUCGUGGGGCUCGAAAUGGACCUCCCUGUCAUCAUGUUAUCGGUGAACGGGGAGACGAAAUCCGUGCUCAAGGGGAUAACCCAUGGCGCCUGCGAUUACCUCCUGAAGCCGGUCCGGAUCGAAGAGCUCAGGAACGUGUGGCAGCACGUCGUCAGGAGGAAGUUCAGCAACCGCGAGCCGAACAGUAACCUUGAUCUCUGCAAGGAGAUCAGCAAGCCGCCGAGCGCCGACUCGUACCACCGGCUCGGCCAGGCGACGUGUGACAGCCACAGGUCGUGUGACCAGAGCAACAGGGCCGGCAAGAAGAGGAAGGAGCCGCACAGCGAGGAGGAAGACGAAGGCGAGGACAACGACGACGCCGCGGGGUCGAAGAGGCCGAGGGUGGUGUGGUCAGUGGAGCUGCACCGGAAGUUCGUCGCCGCCGUCAACCAGCUCGGGAUCGACAAGGCUGUGCCCAAAAGAAUACUCGAGCUUAUGAACGUGGAGAAGCUCACCAGGGAAAAUGUUGCGAGCCAUCUGCAGAAGUACAGGCUAUACCUCAGACGGCUAAGUGCCGUGGCAUCACAGCAAGCCAGCAUUGCUGCUGCUUUUGGAGGCAGAGACCCCUUCUUGCACAUGGGAGCAUUUGAAGGACUUCAUAGUUAUCAUCAACCCUUUGCCCCUUCUGCUGCUCUUCCAUCUUUCAAUCCACAUGGACUGCUGAGUAGUGCUGGUGCAGCAGCAUUUGGGCUUCAGGACCUUGCUUCUCCCAAGGCAAACCAGUGUUCUAGCAGCAACGGCGCAGUAAGUCAUUGCGCCGGCGAUACCAAUAAGUUCCACAUUGUGAGCUUACAAGACAACCAACAGGCAGAUUUAUCGCAAGGCUUGACCUCAUCGUCGCUUGGGCAGCCUCAGCUCCAGCAGAAGUGGAUCCAUCAAGAAACCAAUGACCUGUGCUCUGUCUUUUCCGGGGGUGCUCUGGCUAACACUCUGUCUGGCACACUCCAAAGAGUUACAAGCAGUUCAUUGCCACCAGAAGAUCUUUUGGAAUGCACUACACACAUCAAAGUUGGAGCCCAUCCAUCAAUAGGAAUACCAACUGCAAGUUCAGGGCUGCUUGAAAGGUCUGUCGGAGUUUCCGCCGAUUUCCGGGAUUCUUGUAUAUCUCAGCGGUGUGCUCUUCUAAUCAGUGAUGGGUUUUCUGUUGACAAGUUACCGUUGCACAUCCCGUUCGAUCGAGUUGGCGCGACAAAACUUGACGCUAGCUUUGUGGCUGGAGAACAUGAGAUGGACCAAAAGGGGAUAUUUUCGGAAAGAAUGGGUGUUAGUGUUUGUCCUUCUGAGAGCCUUAUAGUAGCCAGCAAUGCCAAAUGUAGAGCUAGUUCCUCUGGCAGUACAAUUCUGCCCCUUCCUCGUGAUACCGAAAGACAUUCAAAAUACCUCCAGUUUGGGGCUGCAAGCAACUCCAGACAUAGAAUGGAUGGAAUGAGACAAGACCAUAGACUGAACAAUGAUGGUUUUAGCUAUGAUGGUGGUGCCAUUGUUCCUGAGCAGACCGAUAUGUAUGAUUUGGGAGUUCCAAAGCUGCAGGGUGGGUUCAAUUCCAGCAGCUGCAACUUUGAUGGUCUUCUCAAUUCUAUAAUAAAAGUGGAGAACGACGAAGUGCCAUUCAAUGAAAAUGACCUCGGGUGUGAACUUUUCCCACUUGGUGCGUGCAUAUGAGAGAUAGUACUAGUAUUUAGGCAAGUCCACUGCAGACCUAGAGGAGACUGUACAGUUAUUCCUAUGGGUAUUUAUCAGCUAUGCUUGUGUACACUACUAGAUAUACAAGGUAGCUAGCCAGGGAUUUCAUAGCUUGUAGGAAUCUGUACUUUCUUUCUCCAGAGAAUGGGCAAUGGAAGCAAAUAUAUGGCGUCUAAUCA